UGGCAGUUCAUCAUUAAAUCACGAAAAUGGCGAGUGUGUCCUAUCAGAUUGCGAAUUUAUUGGAGAAGAUGACGUCAAGUGAUAAAGAUUUCAGGUUUAUGGCUACAAAUGACCUUAUGACGGAACUUCAGAAAGAUAGUAUUAAGUUAGAUGAUGAUUCAGAAAGAAAAGUUGUAAAAAUGCUGCUUCGUUUACUAGAAGAUAAAAAUGGAGAACUUCAAAAUUUGGCAGUGAAGUGCUUGGGACCAUUAGUAAACAAAGUGAAAGAAUAUCAAGUGGAGACAAUAGUAGAUGCCCUGUGUGGGAACAUGGUCUCUGAUAAAGAACAACUUAGAGAUAUUUCCAGUAUAGGCCUAAAGACAGUUGUCAGUGAAUUGCCUUUGGCCUCAAGUGCACUAGCCACGAAUGUUUGUAAACGGAUAACGGGGCGUCCCAGUAGUGCCAUAGAAAAGAAGGAAGACGUGUCUGUUCAGCUGGAAGCUUUGGACAUAUUGGCUGAUCUGCUUUCAAGAUUUGGUGGCCUGUUGCUCAGUUUUCAUACCACAAUACUUACUGCAUUGAUACCACAGUUGUCGUCACCUCGCCAGGCUGUCAGAAAAAGAACAAUUGUUGCCUUGAGUCAUCUAGUGAUGUCGCGCAACCAUCAGAUCUAUGGGAAGCUUAUAAAUGUCUUGUUGGAUGGGUUAACAAGAACUGUUUAUUCUUCUACAACACGUACAUACAUUCAGUGUAUAGCAGCAAUCUGCCGACAGGCUGGACACAGAUUUGGAGAACACAUUGAGAGAGUAGUGCCUCUCAUAGUACAGUAUAGCAAAGAAGUAAUGAUGAAUUGAGAGAAUAUUGCUUGCAAGCCUUUGAAGCAUUUGUCCAUCGAUGUCCUAAAGAAGAACUCCACACAUCAAUACUAUUACAGAGCUUUGUUUGAGUUAUAUCACCUACGAUCCUAAUUACAAUUAUGAUGAUGAAGCUGAGGAUGGAGGAGACAGCAUAGUAAUGGAAACAGAGGAAGAUGCAGAAGAUGAAGAAAAUGAUGAAUAUUCUAAUGAUGAUGACAUGAGUUGGAAGGUACGACGCUCUGCUGUAAAGUGUUUGGAAGCCGCCAUUGCUACAAGGCAUGAAUUGUUGCCAGACUUCUAUAAAACUGUAUCACCAGCACUUAUUAACAGAUUUAAAGAACGUGAAGAAAAUGUCAAGUCAGACAUAUUCCAUGCCUAUUGUGCAUUACUACGACAAACAAGGCUCACAAUUGGAGUCAAUAUU